ACCGCUGCGGGAACCGGCGCCCGCCAUGGGCUCGGGGCGCGGGGGGAUGCGCUGCAUCAAGAUCCUGCUGUUCAUCUUCAACCUGAGCUUUUGGCUGGCAGGACUGGCUGUCAUUGCCUUUGGUCUUUGGCUGCGGUUUGGUGGGGUCAUGGCAGACUUUGCUUCAGACAAAAGGUCUCCAGAGUAUUUCUUCAUGGGACUCUAUGUAUUGGUGGGAACAGGGGUUCUCAUGGCCACAGUUGGAUUUUUUGGGUGCUGUGGAGCAGCGCGGGAAUCUCAGUGCUUAAUUGGAUCAUUCUUUGCCUGCUUGUUGGUGAUAUUUGCAGCUGAGGUCACUGCUGGAGUAUUUGCCUUUAUAGGCAAGAAAGUGGCAAUACAGGAAGCCCAGAAAAUCUACGAAGACGUUUAUGAUGACUAUAUGAAAAACCCAGUGGGGAAGGUCAACAGCACUAUCUAUCACUACCACUCAGCUCUCCAAUGCUGCGGUAAAGGUAAUAUGGAACAACAAAUUGGAUUACCCUGUCCAGAGAAUACCAAGAAGAACUGCCUGGUUGAAAUCCAGAACAUAAUUGAUGCUAAUCUGCAUUUAGUUGGAAUUGUUGGAAUUGCAAUUGCUGGCACCACAAUCUUUGGCAUGAUAUUCAGCAUGGUUCUGUGCUGUGCGAUCCGUAACACAAGAGACAUGAUCUAAAACUCUCACUGCACAACUCUGUCCCAGGAGUUCCAGACUAAGCUUCACAAGAAGUCCUCUUCUACCCAAUUUAAUAAUUGUAAUGCAUUUUAAUUAGUGUUUUAACAUACUGAGAGGAAAAUAUCCCAUUAGAUGAGCAGGUGAAUUGUAUUAGUUACAGUAAAACCAAAGUGAACAAAA